AUGAAAAACCGAAUAUCCAGUAUCUCCGAUCAAUUUGUAAAUCUUUUGUGGCGACCCGCUUGUUGGAUCUGGGAGACCAUCGAGCUCAUCCUCAUUAUCAUAUUUGAUUGCUUAGCGAGGCUAAUUGAACUAGUAUUCGUGAUGAUGAAAUUAAUAUUUCAGGUGAUCUGCUUUGUCAGAGAUUUGUGCAUCGACGCGAUGCAGACCUUCGCCAAUGUUUUUCAAGGAAUUGUUAAUGUCAUUAGCAACAUCAGCUGCGAUGAUGUCGAGGAUUUUGCUUCUGCCUGCAUUGUCAUUGCCUUGUGUACCGGAGCUGUUAAGAUGUUCAUGAAUCUUCUUAAGAGAAAUCCCCACACGAAGCUGUUCAAUAUGUUUGGGCAACACGUGACACAAUGCGGCAAUAAUAACAAUCUGAUGGCGAGGAGUCACAGCCAGGAUGCGUGUCUUUGCGAGAGAAAGACGGGCAGGAGGCCAAAGAAACGAAAUAACAGGCGAUAUCGAUCAACGUCAUAAAAAAAUAAUUGAUAUAAUUACGUAAGAUUUUCGUUGUGAAGUACGAAUAUCUCUAUAAGAUAUAUUUACAUAAACGUUUAUUAUAUGUAACAAUGUGUAAGGCGCAUCUCAAAUUUCGUCGUAAAAUAGCAUAUACAAUUUACGUCGUAUUAUGUACAUAGUGAAGUAUAUAUAAAAAAUUUAUAACACUUUUUUACAUACGUUUUUGCGUAUUGAUAUAACAAUAUGUCAAGUUAAACAAUCUAACAAGCAUUGUAGAAAUUUUUCAUGUAUAUAAGCAUGCAUCAAUUUGUAAAAGAGAGACGUUGGA